AUGGGUUUUGGAAACCGAACCAUGGUAACCCGCGCGCUGGACAAGGCGUUCUACGAGUUCGCGGAGUUGGACCGCACGCCGGACCACGAGGGCCGGCAAGUCAUCAACGCCGCGGAACUCUACGCCUGCGUGCUGCUCGCGUACAAUUAUGUGAAUAAGUUCUCCCCAGGGUCGCACCUGGAUCCCCCUAAGAAGACAGAGGUGUUCAGAAUGAUGCAGACGUUCGACCUGAAUAGCGACGGCGUGUUGGACCGUGUCGAGUUUGAACGAUUCGUGGAGAGCUUCGGCAAGAACUUGACAAGGCGGGCGAUUGUCAAUGCCACUGUUGUGUGCGCAGCUGUUCCAGCUCUCGUGUUUCUGACCAAGGCGUCCCUGAAGGAGUUUGAACCAACGCACAAGGUCGGGAAGAAGAUCCCUUCUUCCUUGUUAGCUUGUGUUUUCACUACCGUAUUUAAGAUCGCUGGUCUCUGGUAG